AAAUGAAAAGCGCUCCAUCUUCAUUUGUUCCUCGUCACUCAUUCUGGAAACUUUUCCUCCUCUUUUUCUUCUUCAUCAUCAUCGUCGUCGUCAUUGUACUCCUCCAUCAUCAUCAUCAUCAUCAUCAUCAUCAUCAUCAUCAUCAUCAUCAGCUUCUUCUUCCUGGUGGAGCGCAGCAGCAGUGGACGACCAAACAUGGACGCCAAGUGGCCGCCGCUGGUCCGGUGAGAGUGAGGAGGCGCGGCAGCAGGAAGUGAGGAAGAGGGCGGCGGCGGCGGUGGCGGCAGAGGAGAAUCACUUAGAGAAGAAGAUUGUGUCGAGCUUGCAACUUGGCCAGCAUCAUCACACUUUAAUAAGACUGCGGCGCUGACACACACACACACACACACACACACACACACACACACACACACACUUUGGCACAUGUGUCAUCUUGCAGGUCGUCUUCACUUCCUGUCGGCCAUUUUUUUUCAUGGCGUGAUACCUCGCAAAACUAACCCCUCCCUUCGCCCCUCCCCGCCCCUCAUCAACAUGACAAGCCCCGCCCACACCAGGAAGUAAGGGUCUUAAAUCCGUGCGGGUUCGAGCUGCCGAUGCAAGAUGGCGGCCGGCGUGGCGACAUGGCUGCCGUUUGCGCGGGCGGCGGCGGUGGGCUGGCUCCCGCUGGCCAAGAAGACCAUGCCCAAGCCCCCCGUGGACAACUCGUCCAAGUCUGACGAGAUCCUCUACGUCAACGUCAGCGGGGUCAGGUUCCAGACGUGGAAGAACACGCUGGACCGCUACCCCGACACGCUGCUGGGCUCCUCGGAGAAGGAGUUCUUCUACAACGAGGACACCCAGGAGUAUUUCUUCGACCGAGACCCCGAGAUGUUCCGACACAUCCUCAACUUCUACCGCACGGGCAAGCUGCACUACCCGCGCCACGAGUGCAUCCAGGCCUUCGACGAGGAGCUGGCCUUCUACGGCAUCGUGCCCGAGAUCAUCGGCGACUGCUGCAUGGAGGAGUAUCGAGACCGGAAGAAGGAGAACCAGGAGCGUCUGGCCGAGGACACGGAGGCCAACGAGGACGCGCCGCUGCCCCCCCACAGCACGCACAGGGAGCGCUUGUGGCGGGCCUUCGAGAACCCGCACACGUCCACCAUGGCGCUGGUCUUCUACUACGUGACGGGCUUCUUCAUCGCCGUGUCGGUCAUCGCCAACGUGGUGGAGACGGUGCCGUGCCGCCCCGUCAAGGGGAAAGUGAGGGACCUGCCCUGCGGCGAGAAGUACCAGCUGGCCUUCUUCUGCAUGGACACGGCGUGCGUGCUCAUCUUCACCUUCGAGUACCUGAUGCGUCUGUUUGCCGCGCCCAGCCGCUGCAAGUUCAUGCGCUCCGUCAUGUCGGUCAUCGACGUGGUGGCCAUCAUGCCCUACUACAUCGGCCUGGUCAUGCCGGAGAACGAGGACGUGAGCGGCGCCUUCGUCACGCUGCGGGUCUUCCGAGUCUUCCGCAUCUUCAAGUUCUCGCGCCACUCGCAGGGCUUGAGGAUUUUGGGCUACACGUUGAAGAGCUGCGCCUCGGAGUUGGGCUUCCUGCUCUUCUCGCUCACCAUGGCCAUCAUCAUCUUCGCCACCGUCAUGUUCUACGCCGAGAAGGGAACCGCGGGCUCCACCUUUACCUCCAUCCCGGCCUCCUUCUGGUACACCAUCGUCACCAUGACCACGCUGGGGUACGGCGACAUGGUCCCCAACACCAUCGCUGGGAAGAUUUUCGGCUCCAUCUGCUCGUUGAGCGGCGUGCUGGUCAUCGCCCUCCCCGUGCCCGUCAUCGUGUCCAACUUCAGUCGCAUCUACCACCAGAACCAGCGGGCCGACAAGAUGCGAGCGCAGCAGAAAGUUCGUAUGGCUAGGAUCCGCAUGGCAAAGAAAGGAACAACAAACGCUUUCCUGCAGUACAAAGAAGACCGAGCCCUGGGGGACCGUGACAGUGACAGUGGCGCUUUGUGCGUGAAGAACAAAUCGGCGUUUGAGCAUCAGCAUCAUCACCUGCUUCACUGUUUGGAGAAGACCACGAACCACGAGUUCACGGACGAGUUGAACUACAGCGAGCUGUGCAUCACCACCGAGUCGGUCGGCUACCGGACCAGCCGCAGCACCUCCAUGUCCAGCCAGCAGGGGGCGCCGAAUCACUCCACCGGCUGCUGCCCCCGCCGCGUUCGGAGGCGGGCGGCCAUGCGCCUGGCCAACUCCACCGUGUCCGUGAGCCGCGGCAGCGUGCAGGAGCUGGACACGCUGCACGCCAAGAGCGCGCACCUCCCGCCGCAGACGCGUUCCAGUCUCAACGCACAGGUGGACCUCAAGCUGAACUGCAGCGAGCAGGACUUCAAUGCCGCCAUAAUCGGCAUCCCCACGCCGCCCGCCAACACUCCCGACGACAGCCUGCCGCCUUCGCCUGCCACUCACCCGGCCGGCAUGCGCAUGACGCGCGCCACCGCCUACACCUCCGACGCCAUCAAGAUCUCCUAUUUGUAACCUCCGCCGGGGCCUGAAACGUCCCAGCCCCCCGACCUGUCUUGAAAGCGAAGACGCGUUGCGGCAGGCCGAGGAUCGCGGCUUGAAGACCGGUGACAAAAACUGACGCACAAAAACACCACUCUUUGAACCUCACCGCCACAGGGUUCUUUAUUGCAUUUACUUCCUGCAGGAAUUCAAGAUGGCCGCCGGAGGAAGAUGUCUACGUUUGGACAGGUGUGGACAUCCAAAUAUGCAAAGCAGGAAGUAGUCAUUAAUAAUCGCUAAUAAGAUGAAUUAAUUGUGUUGUGUGUAUGAAACAAUAGUCAACAAACGCAUAAAAACAUAGCGAAAAGUGCAAAGGUCAGUUUUCCUCCGACACAUUAGCUGUCACGCUAACGCGGUCACACCAAGGAAACCAUAAAGUUGCUAGAUCCUCACGUUAGCAUUUCGCCGGCUAGCUCGCCGCUUCAUGCUAGCAGCUUUAGCGACAUGAAGCUAAUCUUUCCCUCGCCAAAACAAUCUCAACAGAAAAAGACUCGUAAGGUCGGCGACGGGAGGAAGCUGACCAACUGCUAGCUUAAACAUUAGCGCUGUUCACGCACGACAGUUUCCUCGAGCCAAUCAGGAGCGAGCGCACGGAUUGUAAAAUAAUUUGUAUCAUAAACUCUCACCUGCAUCUGUCAAUCAACCCCCCUUAGAAAUAUGAAAGAAAAAAAAGGUGUGGACAUCGCCAUCUGGUGUCGGUCCGUGCAUGAGCCUGGCACGUUACCACUUCCGACUUUAGCCACCAUAUUGAAAAAAAAAACCUAAAGAAACAAAAAGGGGGAAAAUGUCCUUUUCUAAGUUUUGCAUGAGACUUUUGUCUUUUCAUUUGUUUUCCAUUAGCAAACGAAGCUUCAUUCAGGAAUGUUCCUGGCCUUCCGGAAUGCUGAGAGACGUCACUACUAUGCAUGGAUACCGUUGUAGGUAUUUGAUCUCAAAGCACUCUGUUCACUGGACUCCGCCUCUCUUCCUCACCGUCCGUCCGCACACUUUACGUCCGAGCGGAAGCGGGCGUCAAACUCGCGCCAAAGCACCCGUCAGUCAUGUCAAGAACCGCCAUGUUGACCACAGGACGGCAGGCUUGAAAGAUGCCCGCCAACAGGGGCUAACGUGCUAAUGUUAGCCUGCUCUUCAUGUUAAUUAGUGCAUUCUAUCGGGCUGUUACCCUGUUACUUCCGGUUUGGGGGCGGAGCCAGUGAGCAACUGAAUCAAAUGAAAUUAAAAGCACAGACGUGUAAUAGUCAUGACACCAAUAAAACAAA